AUGGUUGCUUCACAAUAUCCCGUCCGCCCUGCCCUUCGUCACGAUGAAGAAGAAAACACCGGCUACGUAGACCCAUGGGUAGUUUCCCCAGGUGAAACAGCGCACGUCAAGAUCUCCUCUACCAAGCCCAAGCUCAAAUAUCAACUCGUCAGACUCCUUCAAGGCCUCGACAUGCCCCAUGCCCCAGCCCCCGCCAAAGAAAUCAUCGAGCAUGGACCCAAGGGCGAGUUGACUGGUCGCUUUCAGGCGUCGCAUCCUGGUUCAUACGCUGUAGUUGAUGCUUGGAAGAGAGAACCUCUAUUAGACAAAUCUGAAGGCGUUGAGAUUGAUUUUUAUGUUCAGCCUUGGAUGCUUGAUGCUCCCCAUCCCCAAGCUAUUUUAUCCAACCUUGACGCUGCGAAGAGCGCUGGUAUAGCUGUUCUUCUUGAUCGGGAUAAUCAGCUUGUUGUGUGGAUCGGUACCUCCAAUGGCGUUGAGGUCAAGAAGAUCGCCUCUUCAGCACGUGAACGUCGAUGGUUCCACGUUUGCAUCACUAUCAAACAGAAGGAGUUUCAGUUACAGCUCACCCACAUUGCUUCUGGAAACGAAACCGCUCCUUCAUCGACAACCGUUCAGACAUCUCUUUCCAGCACUCCCGUUCUUGACUCUGGUAGCCCGAUGUACUUUGCAGCUACCACAGCAGCCAGCCCAACAUCAACUUCACAACUACCAGUCCACUUCUUCAACGGCCGCAUCGAAGCUCCCCGCUUCAAGGCCUUGGGUCGAAAGAACUGGGACAUUGCGCUUUACGACUUCUCUGUUGGGAUUGACACAGAUGAAAUCUCUGAUAUUUCUGGCUCUGGUCUUGAUGGCGUUCUUGUCAAUGCGCCGACGCGGGCUAUUCGUGGACAAGACUGGGAUCACAAACUCAUUGGUCUCGGCUGGAAAGAAGCGACGUAUGGUUUCGGUGCUAUUCACUUUCAUGAUGAUGAUCUUGAUGACGCUGCGUGGGACACCGACUUUGAGUUCACUGUUCCUUCUAAUCUGCGCUCUGGCGCUUAUGCGAUCGAAGUUCAGGAUACGGAGUCAGAUCUCAGAGACUCCAUUGUUUUCUUCGUUCAGCCAAAGGAAGUUCGACCGCAAGCCAAGAUUGCUUUUGUCUUUUCGACUUUUACGUACCUCGCGUAUGCGAACGAGCAUAUGUACGAUGAGACCAAGUCAACACACAUCUCAUUCCCCGAGGGUGUUCAGCUCGUCGCGUCUGAUAACUAUUACAAGAUGGUGCGGCGCCAUGAUCUUGGUCUGGCUAUCUACGACCUUCACAGCGAUGGUUCAGGUGUGGUGUACAGUACCACCAAGCGACCGAUUCUGAACGUGCGGCCGGAUUAUAUCCAUUGGGGCUUUCAGCGACCACGAGAGUUCUCAGCUGAUCUACUAAUGGUUGGAUUUCUUGAGAAACAUUUCGGCGAUGGUUAUGACAUUCUCACAGACCAUGAUCUUCAUCUCCGCGGCCGUGCUGCAUUGUCUCAGUACGAUGUUGUCAUCUCUGGCUCUCAUCCGGAAUAUCCUUCUGCUGAGUCUCUUGAUGCUUAUGAGGGACAUUCCAAGAAUGGAGGAUCGCUGAUUUAUGCCGGCGGCAACGGAUUCUAUUGGAAGUCGGUGACAGAUCCCAAGAGACCCCAUCGGAUGGAAGUCCGACGCGCUGAUGUCGGUGCCCGAACCCAUGAAAACCCCCCAGGCGAGCGCCAUCACGCACUAAAUGGCCAACUCGGUGGCCUCUGGCGCUCAAUCGGGCGCCCACCUAACGAGCUCUGGGGCAUUGGCAGUUGCGCUUCGGGUAAAGGACCCGGUCGACCAUUCAUUCCAACCGACGAAGCCCUCAACAAUCCUUCGCUGGAGUGGCUCUGGAAAGGUCUUGACGAAGAAUCCCGAAAACUUCUUGGAACAAAGGGUCUUGCGGGAGGUGCAAGUGGCGAUGAACUCGAUCGUCUUGAUGUCUCCAUUGGUAGUCCCGCUAACGCGAUCCUGCUUGCUCGAACUCAUAUUCCCAUGAUCGGAACUCUUGGCUCAACUUCGCCGCUUGUGAGGAGCGACAUGGUAUACUAUGAGACGAAUGGAGGCGGUUCUGUUUUCAGUGUUGGUAGUAUCAACUGGAAUAACUCUAUGGCUUGGGAUGGGUAUCAAAACGAUGUCGCGCAGGUGACCGAGAAUGUCAUCCGAGAGUUCCUUGCCAGUGGUAAGAGGAGUGCAUUGGCAUGA